AUGACGCAGAACUUCACGAAUAUCCUGAACGUACUUAAAAACGAUUUGUACAUGGCGGCCACUUGGCCUCCUCCUCGAGUGGUGUGGCUGGAGGAGGAUGUUCUGGUCGACAAUUCCUUCACGAUCGACUCGAAGAACGAGGCGGUAGUGAACAGCAUGACCAUUCUGAACGUCACCCGCGCCCACCACCUUCGCCGGUACAUGUGCAACGCUACCAACUCGAACCUCACCCGCCCUGUGUCGCGCACGGUUCUCUUGCAGAUGUCACUGGAUGUACUGGGCGUGAAGAUGGAUAGCGUCGGCCCCCUGUCGGCAGGGAUGCGAGCGGAGGUCCAGUGUACCGUUUGGGGUUCCAGUCCACCUCCGACGGUCAUUUGGACGCUCGGGGAAACCACCCUUCCGUCCCCUAAUACAUGGGUGUGUACGCGAUAGGCAAUAGG